GCCAAAGGAAGAUCUUCAACAACCAAAAAUGAAGUUCAUUUUUACCUGCCGGUGCUUUGCACUGUUUGUUCUUCUGAAUCAACCAACCCCAAUUCUUCCUGCCUCUUCAAAUCUCACCUAUCAGCCAAUGGAUCAUGAGCCGUUUCUGUACAUGUUAGGACGCAAGAAGUUGCUUGAUGCUCAGUACAAAUGCUAUGAACGAAUGGAGCAGCUGCCUCCAUACCAGGGAGAAGGUCUGUACUGCAACCGCACUUGGGAUGGCUGGAUGUGUUGGGAUGACACGCCUGCUGGAGCCAUGUCCUACCAGUUCUGCCCAGAUUACUUUCCAGACUUUGACCCAAUGGAAAAAGUUACGAAAUACUGCGAUGAAAAAGGGGUUUGGUUUAAGCAUCCUGAAAACAAUCGAACCUGGUCCAACUACACUUUGUGCAAUGCUUUCACUCCUGAGAAACUGCAGAAUGCAUAUGUUCUGUAUUACCUGGCUUUGGUAGGUCACUCUAUGUCAAUCUUCACAUUGGUAAUUUCCCUGGGGAUUUUUAUGCUUUUCAGGAGUCUUGCAUGCCAGAGGGUUACACUGCACAAGAACAUGUUUCUUACCUACAUUCUGAAUUCGAUAAUUAUCAUCAUCCACCUGGUUGAAGUCGUACCCAAUGGAGAGCUGGUGCGAAGGGAUCCGGUGACCUGCAAGAUUUUGCACUUCUUCCACCAGUAUAUGAUGGCCUGCAACUACUUCUGGAUGCUGUGUGAAGGGAUCUAUCUCCAUACUCUCAUCGUGGUGGCUGUGUUCGCUAACAGUCAGCGCAUGCUCUGGUAUUACCUCCUUGGCUGGGGGUUUCCACUGGUGCCUACCAUUAUCCAUGCCAUUACUAGAGCUCUGUACUUCAAUGACAACUGCUGGCUGAGUGUGGAUACCCAUCUGCUGUACAUCAUCCAUGGCCCUGUCAUGGCAGCAUUGGUGGUCAAUUUCUUCUUUCUGCUGAACAUUGUCCGGGUGCUUGUGACCAAGAUGAGGCAAACCCAUGAGGCAGAAUCUUACAUGUACCUGAAGGCUGUGAAGGCCACCAUGAUCCUGGUGCCCCUGCUGGGAAUCCAGUUCGUUGUCUUUCCCUGGAGGCCCUCCAACAAGCUGCUUGGGAAGAUAUAUGAUUACCUCAUGCACUCUCUGAUUCAUUUCCAGGGAUUCUUUGUCGCGACUAUCUACUGCUUCUGCAACAACGAGGUCCAAACCACCGUGAAGCGCCAAUGGAACCAAUUCAAAAUCCAAUGGAGCCAGCGCUGGGGAAGACGCCCCGCCAACCGCUCGGCUUCUCGUGCUGCAGCCUCGGCCGAGGCUGGCGACCUCCCUGUUUACAUCUGCCAUCAGGAGCUGAGGGAGUUGGGGGCCAACAACCAUGACCAGGAGGGUGCUGAGAUCAUUGCAUUGAACAUCAUCGAGCAAGAGUCAUCCGCUUGAAUGUGAAGCAGGACGCAGCAUUUUGAGCACUGAGCCUUCAUAUCCUGGGGGAAACAGAAGAUAGACCGUGCAUUUACAGUGAUUCCCAUCCUCCCAGGAGCUGAGCAUAUCAUUUGUGAAGAAUUAUUAAGUGAAUUUGUCCAUAGUACAUCUGAAGAAAGUUAUUCUUGGUACUAUUUGCUUUGGGAGACAGUCUAGGAAUGGAGUCUCCCACUGCAACUUGUGAACCCCAUCAUCUACCCUGGACUGAGAAACACAUGUCUUAGUAAUGCUAGCAAAGUAUCCAAGAAAAAUAAAAACGCAAUUAAGUUGAUCUAGUUCAGAUACAGGGUGCUCCUUGUUAAUCUUGAGCCAUUUCUAUCUUUGAAAAAAUUCAAACCACUGUCAAUAUUUGUUUUUCUUUUUAAACUCUGGAUUUUGAAUCAGACUAUUUCUGUAUUUGGCUACGAAUCUGAUUUUUAAUCUUUUACUUUAAAUCAGUUCUGAUGAUUCUCACUUGUUUUACCAUCCAUACAAUGUCAUCCGCACAAAUUAUACGGCCUCUGGAAGACAUAGUUCUCAAAGAUAAGAUGGGUAAGAAUGUGAAGAAAAGAACUGCAUUUGGCAGAGAGAUGUAAUGCUUUGAAUGAAAAGAAAUGCAAAGUUGGGUUGCUGGAACUAUUCCAUGCCCACCUUGGUCUUGGAAAAUCCUAUCCACUGGGCAGGUUCUAAUAGUUGUAAGGAGUCGGUCAUAAAGUUGAAUGCGCUUUGGUUGUUUACAUUUAUGAAUUGGGAGGUCACAAAGAAUCCAUCACCAAAUUUUCACAAAACUGCCAAAAAUGUAAUUUUUAGUGGAAGAAAAUGCUCUUUAAAGACUUUUCCACUUUCCUAAAUGCUAGGGUUUUUAAAAGUAAAACAAGCUGAGGUUUAUAAAGCAGAUUACCUCUUGUGCCCUUGGGUGCUAUCUAGCAGUAGAAGAUACAUUUGUUUAAGACUGGUAAUUAAAAGAUCCCAUAGAAGUCCAUUAACUGCUUUCUACCCAGCUUCAAAGCUUAACAAGAUCGUAGGAAUAUUCAGGAUGAAUAAUUAGAAAUUGGUUUAUAGUUGAUCUCUUGUAUUAUCAAAACAAGAGAAAAAAGGUUGCCUGCUAUUACUUCAUGUUAAAAUAAAAAUAGAGUUUCUCAUUAAAACUCAGUGUUACAUUUCUACACCUCUCUUUACUUCCCAGCAUAAGAUCCAAAAACCAAAACCAAAAAAACACAGAAAAAGACCAGUAUCAUAUCUGGCUAUGUUGAAACCCUCCAAAUCUCAUUGUCUUAUCCAUAUCAUCUCUAUGCUACUGACUUUCAGAAGGGAUUUAGUUGUGGAAAGACAACUAAAGAAAACUAUGCUGAUUCCUGCUGGUUACGUAUUUAGUGCACCCAGAGAAAAUUAGAUUUCUCCAGUAAGAUGUAUUUUGGAUACUACUGCAGUUUAAGUCUUCUUUACUGAGUGCAAGGGAGGAAGAGCAAAGAAGGCAUUUUUUUUUCCAAUCACAGUGUUACGUAGUGAUGUUCCUAUUUUUGUUUACAAACUUGGAAAACAGAGUAUUCCAGGCAGCUCUCGUACAAAUGUGAUAAUCUAUUGCUGAAGUAUUUUAAAUGUUGUUGUGCUAAUGUAGUAGUGACUGACCAGACUCCCGUAGUUCAUCAUAGUAUUGUAAAUAGUGCCAACAUUGUGUGAACUGCUUCUGCUGUGUACAUGUUUAA